CCAAAGCAAUCUUCUGAUGAGUUCAGAUUUGAAAUAUUCCACGAAUGAAUAUUUUGGAGUUCAAGGAGCUUUUGUCUUUCUUCCUUCCUUGAUGAUCAACAGUAGUGUUAGCUAAUUAUAAAAUCCUAUUCCCUUCAGCGAAUAAUCCAACAGGUCGAUCGCUGGAUCACUGCGAAUCCAAGUUUACCAUCUUUGAUCGACUACUAGCGUCGAUUGUUUAAAAAAAUGGGCACGAUUUCCGACGUGGAAUUUCCUACGUGGGGUCUACUCCCUAAAAAAGAAACUGGAGUUUUGUCUUUUCUGUCUAAAUACCCUAACUACGAUGGCAGAGGGACCGUGAUCGCAAUAUUUGAUUCUGGAGUGGAUCCCAGUGCACCGGGACUCCAGAUCACAACUGAUGGCAAACCUAAAGUUAUCGAAAGAUACGAUUGUAGCGGCUCAGGAGAUAUUUGUACUUCGACCAUUGUGAAAGCUGUAAAUGGAGAAAUUAAAGGAUUAUCUGGUCGUACGCUGAAGAUUCCUAAAAAAUGGAAAAAUCCAACCGGCGAGUACAGAAUCGGUGUACGAAACUCGUACGAUAUUAUGAAUCGAUAUGUCAGAGAUAGAGUUCAAAAGAAUAGGAAAGAAAAACGAUGGGAUGGUCCGCAUAAAUCAGUGGUAGCUGCUUGUACUCAACAGUCGCAAGAGUUUAAUAAGUCCUGCGAAGGUAAAGAACUUUCCAGAGAGGAGAAACUCUUGAAAGAAGACUUGGAAAGUCAAGUCGAGGCUUUGAAUACGUUGGAUAAAAAAUACAACGAUCCUGGUUCUAUCUACGAUUUCGUUUUAUUCCACGAUGGUACAAAUUGGAAUGCAGUAAUGGAUACCACUGAGAAAGGUAACCUGGAAUCGUGCCCAUUGCUGGCGGAAUUCAGCGUUGAUCCUCGUAGUCAUGCUACAUUCCCUGCUGAAAUCCCUCUAACGUACUCGUUCAACGUUCACGAUGGUGGAAACAUUUUGGAAAUUUGUAUUUGCACAUCUACUCAUGGUACUCACGUAGCUGCCAUUACUGCCGCUAAUUUCCCAGAUGAUCCGUCCAAAAAUGGAGUAGCUCCGGGAGCUCAAAUCAUUUCGCUUACCAUAGCUGAUAACAGGAUAGAUACAAUGGAGACCGGUACAGCUAUGGCUCGAGCUAUGAUAAAGAUAAUGCAGAACUGUCGUAAUAAUAAAAAAAUACACGUGAUAAAUAUGAGUUACGGUGAAAUGAGUCAUUUCAGUAACUCUGGGCGUAUGGGUGAUCUCAUGAACGAAGUUGUUGAUAAAUACGGAGUAGUUUGGGUAGCAGCCGGAGGCAAUCAUGGUCCUGCUUUAUUCACCGUUGGAACCCCACCGUGUAUAUCUACCAAUAACAUCAUUGGCGUCGGAGCAUUCGUAUCACCUGAUAUGAUGUCUAUCGAGUACUCAAUGCGUGAGAAAUUGCCAGCUACGUGUUAUUCGUGGAGUUCACGAGGACCUACGUUGGACGGUGACCGAGGUAUCUCGGUUUGUGCUCCAGGAGGUGCCAUUACAUCGGUACCUAAUUAUACUUUGAAAAAUAGCGAGCUUUAUAACGGCACCAGUAUGGCAUCUCCUCAUGUUUGCGGUGCUGUGGCUUGCCUGAUAUCUGGAUUGCUACAAAAUGAAAUACCUUAUAGUCCGUAUUACAUUAAAAGGGCAUUGGAGAAUACCGCCUAUUUCCACGAAACUUACGAUUAUUUCGCUCAAGGAUAUGGUCUUCUACAGGUCGAAAAAGCCUACGAAUAUUUGACCAAUUACUCUAAAGAAAUAGAUAUCCCAGUUAGAUUCCACGUCACAUGUCCCACUCAGGAAGGAAAAGGCAUCGUAGUCCGAUCCAAUAGAUUAUCAGAUUAUAGAAUCUCAGUCGAACCAAUUUUCGCGAACAGCGACGAAGUUGAUCCUCAAGUCAAGAUUGAUUUUACGAUGCAUUUGGUACUAGUUUGCGACGCUCCUUGGGUUUCGAUCCCAAAAUACUUCGAAUUAAUCAACAGCACGAGGGAAUUUGCUGCCAGAGUUGACCCUACCGGUUUGUUAUCCGGUGUUCAUGCUACGACAAUUAAAGCUUACGAUUCUCGAAGACCAGAAAAAGGUGCUGUGUUUAAAGUAGAAGUAACUGUUCUGAAAUACGAUACUUUGGCCGAAGAUGCGAUCAAACCAGAGGUGAAAUUUACCGAUGUUGCAUUCGGCGCUAAUAUCAUUAAAAGGCAUUUCAUUAGAGUACCUGAAGAAGCCACCUGGGCUACUAUCGAAAUCGAGAACUUGGCCACAUCCAAAGAGAAAUCUGGUCGAUUUAUUCUCCAUUGUUCUCAAAUCCGUCCUCGUAGAUCAUGCAACGAAGUAGAUUACCGCAAAACGUUCUUUGUUUUUGAUAAAAACGAAUCUCCGUUAGGUUUGCAAGUCAAAGGAGGUCUCAUUCUACAAGUAACCCUAGCUAAAUUUUGGAGCAGUCUGGGCGAGAUGAGAGUAAACUACAGCGUACACUUUUCCGGAUGUCAUCCAAAUCCUUCGGAAUUGACGAUGAGUCAUUCCGAAGGUUUGUAUAGAUUCGAUCUAUAUCCAAGUUUACAAACUGAAGAAGUUCAAGUGAACGCUUCGCUGAAAAAUAACGUCACUGUUAUAAAACUGGUCGAUUCUGUAAUUAGUCCACUGACCAGCGAACGUGAUAUUAUCCCACCUAACACGAUUAUUUAUCAGCUUGUAUUAACUUACAAUUUCCACAUCAACAAAGCCACCGAUGUAACUUUAAUAUCGCCUUUCCUCAGUGAUUAUUUAUACGAGAGUGAUUACGAAUCCCAGCUGUGGCUUCUUUUCGAUAGUAAUAAACGUUACAUCGCCGCCGGAGACGCGUUUCCCGAACAUUACACGGUGAAAUUGGAAAAAGGCGAUUAUAUCGUUAGGCAACAAGUACGUCACGAUAGGAAAGACUUGCUGGAAAAGUUAUCCGAUAUGCCGAUGUUGUUGUCGCAAAAACUGGCCAAUACUAUUAAUUUAGACGUCUACACUAGUUCUUCAAACGCUACAUAUGGAAAGAAGUUCAAAUCGCUGACAUUGGUUGGACGCAGCACCAAUUUCGUACCGAUUUAUUUGGGCACUGCUCCUAAUGAUAAACUUCCCAAAUCGAUCAGUCCGGGUCAAUACCUCGUGGGAAGUGUAUCAUUUAGUAAAGAUAAGGUCGGCAAAAAAGUGCAGGAUUCGCAUCCGAUCAGAUAUUUCCUCGCCGAUAUUGGAAAAAAGAAUCAAAAACCCACCGAGCCUCCGAAAUCUAAAGACGAAGAAUUCCAGGAUGCGUAUAAAGAAUUUAUGACCUCUUGGAUAUCUAAAUAUGAUCAAAACGACGAAAACGCUCGAAUACUGUACGAGAAAAUGACCACCAAGUUGGCUGAUCAUUUACUAAUACACACUGCCAUGUUACAAAAUAUGGAACCGGAGAGUCAACGUUAUUAUCCAGGAUUCCCUAAACAUAGUCCGACUCGUGAACAUCUCUUAAAAGUUAUAUCUAUCGCUGAUAUAGUUAUCAAAGCAGUAAACCAAACCGAACUGCUGGCUUUCAUCGGUACCAAGUCUGAUUCGCAGUCUGAUACGCCAUCCAAACAAAAAACGUUAAUGAAUACAAAUAAAACUGCGUUGAUCGAGUCAUUGGGACGGAAAGGAUGCGCCAUGGUUCAGUUCUACAUCCUGUUCGGUGAACUUACAAACGACGAGGUGACCAUUAAUUUACAAUCCAUAGACGCGGUAUGGCUCAACUUAAUAAAGUACAUCGAUGCUCAAGAUGUUAAAGGAUCUUCGUUAUUUGCUGUUUGGCACGCGACUGCUUAUGGCCAUUACGGGCGUUUGGUUAAACUGCUUCUGAAACUAUCAGAAGAUAAACCUUCGGCCGAAGUGGACGGCAGCUUGUAUUGGACUUUCAAUAAAAUAAAAUGGGAACACUGUUAUCAAUUGUAUGGUAACAAGUUACUCGUUCAUUAUCCGCCGAAUUUCCAACAUUUUUAAACCACGAUCAAGUUCGAGUUCACGAAGCCGGGAGCAUACAUAAUACGUAUUUCAAACGCGUCGGUUUCCUGCUGAAGGGAGAUUUCGCGAAAUGCAUUUAUUAGCAAUAUACUCCUUGUAUAAUCUUUUGUAUGAUAAUAUCAUUGUGUACUGCAUGUAUUUUAAUACCUAUUAUAAAUAUUAAACGUUAUUUAAUCUCGAAA